AUUUUACUCGGAACGGUCGAUCCUGCAGCAGUUCGGAGUGAAAAAAUUUUCCUGCCCCAAUUGUGGUCUGAAAUGUGGAGGAAAAUUGUGCGAAACCGGAUCGAAAGCGGAUAGGAAUCGAUCGCGAUCGAGUAGAACGUGUUUGAAUGGGAGGAAAAUCAGAAUUUGUGUGCAGAAGAAAAGUUUCUGGAAGCUCUGCGGAACGGGAAAAAAAGCGCUAGGAUCGUUAAGAACGUUUCAGAGCUGUGCUGGAAAAAUUCUUCCUGGGAUUUGGGCCGUUCGAUGCGGGAGUCAAUGAGCAAAAACGAAACAAAAUCGGUUGUGUGGCGCAGAGUUGGUUUUAUUUGCGUAGAGUCAACGUAGUGAAGUGAGAAAAAGUGCGAAACGGGUCCACAAAUUCAAAUCGAAAAAAAGGAUCCGGGGAAAAUUAUCCAAUUUUCAUAGAAUUUUCCCUUUCCCAGCAUAACGGUGUUGUAUGUACGUGUGCCUGGUGGUGUUUUAUUACGGCAAUUGCGUCGGUGUGAGUGAGUGUGUCCUACAAAAUACGCGAAUCCUGCUGCCGUGCUGCUCAAGUUCUUUCCGUUCGAGUUGAGCUGUGCUGUCUGUGUAACGAAGCGAAGGCGAAGGCAAGCGAGCCUGCAAAGAGCACACGAGAGCAGAAAGGUUAUGUGCUAAUAAAAUAGGAGCAAUCGUGUGCCCUCGAGGGUGGGCAAAGCUCGUUGGGAAGGAAAGUAAAGUGGUGGCUACUGAAGAAAGCAGUGGAUACCUCGGAAGAAGCGAGAAAAGGAUUAAAAAUUAAUUUGCGUUGGCUGCUCGCCAGGAGAGGAGGAUAAUUCCGGCACUGGCCAUCGACGACCACAGCUAGCCCGGAGCAGCGAGAACGUGUGGAAUUCCAAAUUGCUGGGGCUGAUGACAAUGAUAAUCGUUAUGACAGCAUCCACCUCCGCCACAUUCGUUCCCGCCGGCGAUGGAUCGAAUUAGUUCAGUGGAACUUCGACGAGUAUUGCUCACCGUGCGUCGGAUCAACUUCAUCGUCAGUCAUAGCAGCACUGGCGGCGCUUACGGCGAGUGGACUGCUGUUUCCAUCCUUGGCCGUUGAUAGAUGAAUGUAUAUUUGGUUUAAGGUUAGCAGCGGCUCAAGAGGGGGAACUUCCUGGCAAGGACGGGAAGCAAAUGGGUCCGAAGAAAGGAAAAAAGGGCACAAGUCCGAGGCAUCGAACCGGUCCACCCCCACCCGGACCUUCAUCUCUGUUCGUUUUCGCCGAGGAUAAUUUCAUUAGGAAAGCAACCAAAUUCAUCAUAGAAUGGCCACCCUUCGAGUACGCCGUACUGUUGACAAUCAUCGCGAACUGCGUCGUGCUAGCUCUGGAGGAACAUCUGCCGCACGGCGACAAGACCGUGCUGGCCCAGAAGCUGGAGCUGACCGAGAGCUACUUCCUGUGCAUCUUCACGAUCGAGGCCGCACUCAAAAUCGUCGCUCUCGGGCUGGUGCUGCACGCCGACUCCUACCUGCGCAACAUCUGGAACAUGAUGGAUUUUUUCGUAGUGUUCACGGGGCUCAUCACGUUGCUCCCACUUCCGCUCGAUAUAGAUCUCAGAACGUUAAGGUCGAUUCGUGUGUUACGACCUUUGAAAUUAGUUUCUGGAGUUCCUAGUCUACAAGUCGUGCUGAAGUCCAUCAUCAAAGCCAUGGCACCGUUGCUCCAGAUCGGCCUCUUAGUCUUGUUUGCAAUCGUUAUAUUCGCAAUUAUAGGAUUAGAAUUUUACUCGGGUGCUUUGCACAAAAGUUGUUAUAGCUUAGAAAAUGCCUUUGAAAUUGUUGAAGAAGGUGACAUGCCGACGCCUUGUUACGACGACGACGACACGAUGAACGUCGAACUGCCAGCCGGAGUGCAUCUGUGCAACCACAACGAAAGUGCAUGCAUCGAGCAGUGGGAGGGUCCCAACUACGGUAUCACGAACUUCGACAACAUUGGCUUCGCUAUGUUGACCGUGUUCCAGUGCAUCACGAUGGAGGGGUGGACAUCCACUAUGUAUUGGACCAAUGAUGCUUUAGGCUCAACAUUCAAUUGGAUAUAUUUUGUGCCUUUGAUUAUAAUUGGUUCGUUUUUCAUGCUCAACUUAGUUCUCGGUGUCCUCAGCGGAGAGUUUGCACGAGAACGAGAAAAGGUUGAAAACCGUCAGGAGUUCCUCAAGCUCCGCCGGCAGCAGCAACUGGAGAAGGAACUGAACGGAUUCGUGGAGUGGAUCUGCAAAGCGGAGGAGAUAAUCCUAGCGGAGGACCGAACCACCGAGGAGGAACGGAUGUACAUAAUAGAAGCCCGCAAGAAGGCCGCCGCCAAGCGGAAAAAGCUGAAAAACCUCGGCAAAUCCAAGUCUUCGGAAACCGACGACGAAGAAGCCACCACCGAAUCGGGCGACGAAGGCAUCCUCAAGAAGGAAAAGAAACCGGCCAAGUCCGGCUUUUGGCGAGCGGAGAAACGGUUCCGCUACGGCAUUCGGCACACGGUGAAAACGCAAUGGUUCUACUGGUUCGUGAUAGUGCUGGUGUUUCUGAACACCAUUUGUGUGGCGGUCGAACAUUACGGGCAACCAAAUUGGUUGUCGCUGUUUUUAUACUACGCCGAGUUUUCCUUCCUAGGCUUAUUCAUGUGCGAGAUGUUAAUCAAAAUCUACGCACUCGGACCUCGCAUCUACUUCGAGUCGGCCUUCAACCGGUUCGAUUGCAUAGUUAUCGCUGGUUCAAUCUUCGAGGUGGUUUGGUCCGCUUACAAAGAGGGUUCCUUCGGUAUCUCCGUGCUGCGAGCUCUCCGGUUGCUGCGCAUCUUCAAGGUCACCAAGUAUUGGUCCUCGCUCCGUAACUUGGUCAUCUCUUUGCUCAGUUCAAUGCGUUCGAUUAUCUCGUUGCUGUUUCUGCUCUUUCUGUUCAUUCUGAUAUUCGCGCUGCUCGGAAUGCAGCUGUUCGGGGGUCAGUUCAUACUACCCGAAGGCACACCACCGACUAACUUUAACACGUUCACCAUCGCACUACUAACAGUGUUCCAGAUCCUCACAGGGGAGGAUUGGAACGAAGUCAUGUACCUCGGCAUCAACUCACAGGGCGGACAUGACAGUGGCAUGAUCUAUUCUUUGUACUUUAUCAUCUUGACGCUAUUCGGAAACUACACCCUGCUGAACGUAUUCUUGGCUAUCGCUGUCGACAAUUUGGCGAACGCACAAGAACUAACCGCAGCAGAAGAGCAGCAGCAGGAACGAGACAAGGAGAAACAGCAGAUGGAAUUGGAGAAAGAGAUGGAAGCACUGCAAAAAGCAAAAGAUGGCACACCAACAACGGAAGAGGUGGAGGCAGAAAAGGAGAAAGAAACCAAGAAAGAGGAACCCAAACCCGAAGAAGAGGAAGAGGAACAGGGGGAAGGGCCAAAACCAAUGCUGCCGUACUCCUGCAUGUUCAUAUUCUCGUCAACCAAUCCAAUGCGCCGUGCUGCUCAUUGGGUCGUCAACCUGCGGUACUUCGAUUUCUUCAUCAUGAUCGUCAUCUCACUGUCCUCGAUCGCACUGGCCGCGGAAGAUCCGGUGCAGGAGGACGCCCCCCGUAACAUCGUGCUCAACAAUCUGGAUUACGCCUUCACGUGUGUCUUCACGAUCGAACUGCUACUGAAGCUGAUCGAUUUGGGCGUGAUUUUGCACCCGGGUAGUUACCUGCGCGAAAUUUGGAACAUCAUGGAUGCCGUCGUGGUCGGCUGUGCCGUCAUCAGCAUCGGGUUCGACAUCAGCGGUAGUGAUGCCGGCGCCGAUCUGUCUACAAUCAAGUCACUCCGAGUGUUGCGGGUGUUACGUCCACUGAAAACAAUCAAACGUGUUCCGAAACUGAAAGCGGUGUUCGACUGCGUCGUUGGGUCACUCAAGAACGUCAUCAACAUCCUGAUCGUGUACAUUCUAUUUCAGUUCAUCUUUGCCGUCAUUGCGGUGCAGCUGUUCAACGGCAAGUUCUUCUACUGUAGUGACGAUAGCAAACACAACAGCAUUGACUGCCAAGGUUCAUAUUUUGUGUUCGACGAGGUUGAUGGAAUGCCGAAGAAGGCGGACCGUGAAUGGAAGACGCAAUACUUUAACUACGAUAACGUGGCUACCGCUAUGCUGACGUUGUUCGCAGUGCAGACCGGGGAAGGAUGGCCACAAGUGCUUCAAAACUCGAUGGCAGCUACCUACGAGGACCAGGGACCAAUCCAAAACUUUCGCAUCGAAAUGUCCAUCUUCUAUGUCGUCUACUUCGUGGUGUUUCCGUUCUUCUUCGUGAACAUUUUCGUUGCUUUGAUUAUCAUCACUUUCCAGGAGCAAGGUGAAGCGGAGUUGCAGGAUGGCGAGAUCGAUAAGAAUCAGAAAUCCUGCAUAGAUUUUACGAUAGGAGCCCGACCGCUGGAGCGGUAUAUUCCCACCAAACAUUCCGGCUUCAAGUACACCGUGUGGCGAAUCAUCGUCUCAGCACCAUUCGAGUAUUUCAUCAUGUCACUGAUUGUGUUCAAUACGCUGCUACUGAUGAUGAAGUGUCACGACCAGAAUAAAAAGCUGGAGAACUUCAUGAAGUAUCUCAACAUGAUAUUCACGGGGAUGUUCAGUGUAGAAACGGUGCUCAAAAUAAUCGGUUUUGGCGCGAGAAAUUUCUUCAAAGAUAUGUGGAACGUGUUUGAUUUGAUCACCGUUAUCGGUAGUAUCGUUGAUGCUCUUAUUCUGCUACUUUGGGAAAAUUCCUUCAAUGUCGGAUUCUUGCGUCUGUUCCGUGCCGCUCGUUUGAUUAAGCUGCUCCGGCAGGGCGAUACCAUCCGUAUUCUGCUGUGGACCUUCGUUCAAUCCUUUAAAGCACUGCCUUAUGUCUGUUUGCUGAUUGCGAUGCUGUUCUUUAUCUAUGCAAUCAUCGGAAUGCAGGUCUUUGGUAAUAUAGAAUUAGAUCCGGACACUGCCAUCAGUCGUCACAACAAUUUCAGAUCGUUCCUGGACGGUCUGAUGUUACUAUUUAGGUGCGCUACGGGAGAAUCUUGGCCGAACAUCAUGUUGGCUUGUCUCAAAGGGCGUCCAUGUGAUCCCCGAGCCAACAAACCGAACGAACUUUGCGGGUCGACGCUUGCCUACGGGUACUUUGUGUCUUUCAUAUUUUUCUGUUCAUUCUUGAUGUUGAAUCUGUUCGUCGCUGUCAUCAUGGAUAACUUUGACUACCUGACGAGAGACUCCAGUAUUCUGGGUGCUCAUCAUUUGGAUGAAUUUGUGAGGAUAUGGGCCGAAUAUGACCCCUCCGCAUCGGGGAAACUUCACUUCUCGGAAAUGUUCGACAUGUUGAAAAACAUGGCUCCACCGCUUGGUUUUGGGAACAAAUGUCCAAAUAGACUUGCAUAUAAAAAGCUUACCCGAAUGAACAUGCCACUAGACGAAGAAGGGAGAGUGAGUUUCACCACGACCCUUUUUGCAUUAAUUCGGGAAAAUUUGAACAUCAAAAUGAGACCUGCGGAAGAAAUGGAUCAAGCCGACAGCGAGCUGCGACAGACGAUCAAGCAAAUUUGGCCUAUUCAAGCGAAGAAGAUGAUCGACCUGUUGGUACCUCCGAAGGAUAUGCUCAACACUGGCAAGAUGACAGUCGGGAAGAUCUACGCCGGGAUACUGCUGCUGGAGACGUGGCGGAACAACAAAUGCAUUCAGCUCGAGUGCGAUGCACCCGAUCUGCAGGACCGGAAAAGCCAUGAAAUUCAGGAGGCCUACAUCGACGAUGGACAUCUCCAUCCGGGUCACGACCCACGGGGUGCCCAUCGGCGAUCACCUAGCAUACAGCGGGGUUCAGCCCUGGAGCGUUCACCUAGUCCAAGGCACCUGCACCACGACAUUGGCUUCUCGGAGACGGUGUCCAACGUGGUGGAAAUUGCACGUAGGGAUCACCUAAUUGGUAGGCACCACUAUGGGCGCUAUAGAUACGAUAGAGGUUCCUGGUCCGUAGCCACCAGUCCGGCACGUUCGCCCUCGCCAACGCGGCUAGACACGCAGAUCAGCGCCCACCAUCGGUACAACCGGAGGAUACACCCGUACGGGACGACCAGCCUGUGCCAGAGGUCACGAUCGCCCAGUCCGGCCCGGCUGCAGGAGCUGAGGGAACGCGAGCGCGAACGGUAUCGAGAGGAAAUAGUUUCUCGCCCGUACAUCCAGCACACUUAUCCAGUAUUACAAUCACACAGAGAUUUCGGAAGAAGACUGCCACCAAGACCAAUAAAACCAACAACACUACAGUUAAAGUCUACUAAUAUUAAUUUCCCGCGGUUAAACACUAGUCCUACGCAUCAAAGUCUCCAUCUAUCGCUAAAUACUCACUCGCUGCCAUACGGUGUUCAUUCGUUGCCCAACUCGCGAGGGGAGAUUUCACGCGAUCCCCGCAUCUACCAUCACACGGAAAGCGAACGGGAUCGGGAGCGGGAACGGUUGCGAGAACGUGAACGGGACUACGGCUCCCGGUACGUGUUCCGGGAUACCGAGCGGGAGCUGUUCGAGAUCGAGCGUGAGCUGGAGCGGGCGCGGGACUCCGCCCGGGAUACCGAUUACGAGAGAUCGUUUCAGGGUGGAACCCCUAUCAUACGAGCACCUGUACAAUCUGGGCCGCACCGGCGGUAGUGCGUUCGGUUCGUCGGCCCUCAACGGAUUCAAGCCUAAGGUGGGAAUGCACUCAAUCUACUCCGAAUCAGACGAAGGCGACUGGUGCUAGCACAGGUUUGAAAACGCACAAAUCUCCAGAGCCAACAACACCAACAACGCCGUAGCAAGAAACGAUAUCGACCGGAACGAAGCUGCUACUGAAGAUGACAAUGACAAACUCGACAAACUCAAUCAUCUGAACGCGAAGAACUUCUGCAAUCAAGCUGACAAAGACUACGACGAUGAUAAAGAUAAGGCCUCCAACGUAAGCAGCGAGGGCAAUCCUUGGCCAAAGGCUGCAAAAUCUAGCGAUAUUAGUGGUAAGCGACGUAGCAGUAAAAAUAAUUUCAGUUUUUUUGAUCGACUCGAGCGGAAACACGCGUCCCUCCCCGUCGAGGGGCGUACUCGGCCGCUCGCCACACGAGUCACCGUAGUGAGAGCCAAGCAACCAUCUGGAACACCAAAACCUAACGCCAUUUCCAUCCGCGUAUUAGAAUUGUUUUCGAUGAUUAGAAUAUUUUCUCAUGCGUAGUCUCGGUAGAGUAUUUGUGUGAUAUCAAUUGAAAAUUAGUUUGGUACCAACUGUUAAGCGAGGUAAAACGGGGAGAAUUCUGAAAAUGAUCCAUCCAAGUAAGGCCACGAGAAUAUCGCUAUCGAAACACACAGUGAUUAGUAGGAUUAUUACACUUAAGCGGCGAAGAGCAAUAUUCAUUAGUAGACAAACAUAAUUCUAAUUCAUUAUGUUGUAAAUUUUGUGUCAAAGUUAUUUUGUUUUAUCGAGGUAAAUCGAUUUAAUUUCAGCUAGCAUUAUUUUACUUCAAUAUAAAAGCUAGGGGAACAUACAGCAGAAUAAACGAAAGUAAUAUAGAAUAACAAAUUUUUCAAUUUCACAUAACAUAAGUAAUUUUUAAUAAAAAAAAAUCAAACAAAUUAAAAACAAAUCAACAAAUGAACCACAACUGGUCUAGUUUUACGGAAUUGUUGCCGCUUAUUCUUAUCUAAACAGAGAAAGAGGAACCAGAAACUUGAUUGGUGCUGAAAGACGGAAACCAAACGCCUAGGAUCGAUGAAUGCCAAAUUCGCACCAUGGAAGAUCGGUAGAUGGAUAAUGACGUGACAUCAUUCUAACCUAGAAACACUUUCUAAAACACAGUACGCACUUAUUUAUGGGAUUUCCAACUCUCCGAAUCGUUUCACCUCAUACAACACCUUCGAAUCAUUGUCUCCGAUCAAGCUUAGGAACCAUUUACUAACGAUGGUAAUUUUGUUUUUCGAAUCUACGCGUAACGAUUGAAUAUGAAUUUUCGACACACUCGGACAUUUGUUGACGCUGUACAUUGAUCGCUUUUGCCAAUCGAAAACAGUAGGGUUCAAAAUUGUCUCAUCGAGUAGUUUAUCAAAUGUUGAAGGCAAAGAACGAAGGGAGAAUUAAGUAGAAAACAGACAAAUCUAAGCAUAUAAGUAAACGAGAGGUUGUGUCAGAUCCGUGGUGAAAGGGAAUUGAAAAGAUUCAUCAAAUAUAUGAUAGAUUGUUUUUAGGUUGUUCUCUAUUGCAACAUCACAUGUCUAGAUUUUGUUACGCACCUAUCAUAGAUCUAUCGUAGAACACUUUACAUUGUUAUACUCGGAACCGAUUGUUCGACUUUCCAAAUUUUACGGUUAUUGUUGACCUAUGCCAAUAUUCGAAAUAAACGAAACACUAGAGAAAAGUUAAGUUGCUAUUCGUUGCAAGUUUAAUGUUCUUUAAGUUAGAUGUUCGGUUCGACCAUAAAAUUACAUUUAUCGAAAUGUAUUCCUAACUAAUGUUAUGAUGAGUUCAGUUUUUUCUGGAGAUUACAUUGGGCAAUUAGAAUCGAUGACAACACUGCCCAUGAUUUCAUAGUUGACGUAACAACCAUUGCACUUCCGAGUCUAUUUCGAAUAAUUCAGGGACCAAAAUCGCAAAUUUAAAACAUGUCAACCCGUAAGCACUUAAAUGAGGCUGGGAACAAGCAGCGCAUCGAUGUUGCAGCGGUUGAAUUACUUCAUAGUAAACGCGUAAUAAGUUAAAUUACCUGAAAUUUCGAAUGGUUGAUACGAACUAUGAAAUCAUGGGCAGAACAGGUCGAAAACAAAAAUUCGGAACCAAAAAAAUAUUCGUUCCUUCUGACAAGAAUACAUUUUUUAGGUCUAUGUGGCCACUUAUUUAAUAUUUGGAAAUGUUUUCCCGGCUAAGUAUUUCGCUCAUGAUAAAGUUCUAAUUGUGAGUUACUAAUAAAUUCUAAUAGUAUCCACUAUAGAACCUCUAGAUAAUAUUACAGGAGUUUUGUCUUGAAAUUAAAUUCCAAAUCCAAUAUUUGCAGCUUCAUGUGAUUUAACUGGAGAAUGAUGGAAGGCUGGCAGUGACUAAGUUUUAGAAGGAUGUUGGGAAUCUAUUGACAAGAGUGGGUGGCACAACUAUUGAUUCAUCAAUUUCAAUAAUGUUAUCGACGUUGUAGAACACCAGACCAAGUGUACGUUGUAGCUCAUCCAUUGCAGUGUAGUGCUGAAUAAGAUUGACUGCGUCCGUUCCGCCAAGGUGAGCUUCACAACUAUCAUUCAUUGGGGAUGUUUCUGACAUGUUGCUACGGUUAACCAUUGUAGUCGAGAUUGAUUGUAGUCACCGCAAAUAAGAACCCUGUCAGCCUUGUUGCACAGCUCUCUGAUAGAGAGUUUCUGCUACUCGGAGACGAGCCAGCCUCGGGCUGCAAGUCUCCUAAAUAAAGACAAAAAAAAAAAGUUUCUGCUUCUAUAAAACCAACGUCUUGACCACGGCUCUGGAAGGAUGUCCACAACCAACGGUAAUACUGAUCCAAUACCCUUUCAUGUUCGAAGAAACAUAAACUUGUUCAAACAUUCUUCCAUGUUUGAAAAAUAUCAGAUUACUGGACGAACGUUGCGCCCCCCCCCUCAAAAUUUAUUUUAACUGUUGCAUUUAUUACAGCGAUAAACAUUGAACUUCAAACCGAAGAGCUGAAUGGAUGGAAAAUCACGUCAAUCCCGCUAUCAGCAGCUUCAAGAAAGAGAUCGUCAUUUUGUUCGAAUCCCUGAGCAUUCUGAUAACAGGCCCAUAUGUGAUUCACAAUGAGAAGUAAGCAAUGAGUAUUUCGAAGUGAAACGUCUCACUUCUUACUACUCAUUUAUCACUUCUCGCUGUAAAAAGUGAGAAGCGCGAAGUGAGUAGUGAGACGUCUCACUAUCCACUUCGCACUACUCACUUUUCACAGUGAGAAGUGAUGAAUGAGAAUUGAGACGUCUCUUCUCACUCCUAAUUUCUCACUUUUCAAAUGAAUUAUUCGGCCAAAUAUCCUAUUCGGCCGAAUGACUUUUUCGGCCAAAUAACCCUUUCAACCG